UCUUGGUGAAGGCAAAUAUUUUGUCUGGCACUGCAUGGAGUUAUUUGAUAAAGAGGAUAUCUAUGAUUUCUUCCUAUCUCAACUGAAGAAAUACUCUCGAAUGAUUGAAUUCAUGAGGAAUGAAUGCAUUUUGUUAACACGCACAAAGGUGGCUAAUCGUGAUUCGAGGAUUUCUAGUCUCAGGAAAGUUUUGAACAUUGUAUCGACGAAUGAUGAAAAUGAAAGGAUCCGUGGAAUCGCCAGCCUUAUGCUCAUCGUGCAACACUUUCAAGAAGAUAUGACGCUCUUGUUUCAAGUUGUGGACGGUACUACUUCUGACGAAGAACUAGAAACUAAAUUUGGGACCAUUUCUACCCCGCUGUUGAUUGUGAAAAGAGAAUCCCUAUUCGAUGAAAAUGGAGAAUUCUUUAUCAUAAUUGAUGGACAAGUUUGCAUCGAGGCAGUCAGCCUUACAAGGUAUAUUCUGCCUCUUCACCAGUUACUUUGUCUUCAACCUGAAAUAUCCAGAUCAGUUGGGGAAAACGUUGGAAUUUCUGCAGAGGGCUGUAUUCGAUAUCAAUCCUGAGGAGGGAUCCAGACGAAAAACCGCGCAGAAAGCCAAGAGCCUGCUCGAUGCCAAAGUGAUAAAAUGAUCCAAGGAUCUCUCAUUUUACAUAAACUAACGAUUCUCAUUUCCUUACACGGAGGCGAACGAAAUGAAAGGAUCCGAUAUUCCCAUGUACACCACUUUUU